AUGUUAAAUGUUGAGGCACUUGACUACGUGAUGUCCGAGGUGUCAAUUUGUCUCCUCUACCACUCCCCACCCUCCGUCCUCGAAACACCAUCCGCGGCCUUCAAGGUGAGUACGAGUUCAAUUACAAUUACAUGCCUGUCUCCGAUUCACACUCACGAUGGCAAAUCCAAUUCCUCGAAGGUAGGAGACCCUAACUCCGCACAGAAGCAGUUAAAAGAGCUGAGUACAGAGGCUCGACUACUGCUGCUGGAUCGGGCGAUCAAGUCGACUUUAAUUCAAGGCCAGGAGGACAUUCAGGCCUGUCUGCGGCGGCUGGAGUCCCUGGAGAAGUUGGACGUCUCUCUGCCCAUCCUGGCUAAAUGCUGGACGGUUAUUGAAACGUUGCGCAAGGUUUGUGUACCAGCUUCUCUGACCAAAUUGAUUGAGUAA